GACGUGUGGCGCGCUGUGGCGGGAGGAAGGCGUCCGUCCGUCGGCGCCGAGCAGCAGCAGCCGCCGCCAUGCCGCGCGUCUACGUCGGGAGGCUCAGCUACCAAGUACGCGAGAAGGACCUGGAACGGUUCUUCAAGGGCUACGGGAAGCUGCUAGAAGUGGACCUGAAGAACGGAUAUGGAUUUGUUGAGUUUGAAGACUCGCGUGAUGCAGAUGAUGCAGUUUACGAGCAGAACGGCAAGGAGCUCUGUGGAGAGCGUAUAAUAGUUGAGCAUGCGAGAGGACCACGCCGUGAUGGCAGCUAUGGUGGUGGUGGUUAUGGUGGUGGUGGUGGUGGCGGCGGAGGUGGAGGCGGCGGCGGCGGCGGUCGCAGCAGCAGUGGUUAUGGAUAUCGAAGAAAUGGAAGAGAAAAAUAUGGGCCACCUGUCCGAACUGAGUUCAGGCUCAUCGUUGAAAAUCUUUCAAGUCGCUGCAGCUGGCAAGAUCUAAAAGAUUUCAUGAGACAAGCGGGUGAAGUGACAUAUGCCGAUGCUCAUAAGCAGCGUAUGAAUGAAGGUGUCAUUGAAUUCAGAUCCUACUCUGAUAUGAAGAGGGCUCUGGACAAGCUGGAUGGCAGUGAAAUCAAUGCGAGAAAGAUACGAUUGGUUGAAGACCGGCCCCGUAAUAGACGCUCUUCCUCUGGCAGUCGAUCCCGAUCCAGGUCUCGAAGUCGUCGUCAUUCUCGUAGCAGAAGUCGUAGGAGUACCCGCAGCAGAUCUGGCACUGCCUCAAAGAGCCGGUCACGUUCCCAAUCUCGGGGCAAGGGGCAUUCCAGAUCCAAAUCAAAGACUCCUGAGCGGAAAUCCAGGUCAAGAAGUAAUUCCAAAGUCAAGUCUGAUCACGGCUCUCGUUCCCCAUCUCCAAGUAAAUCAAAAUCUGACUUGAAUAAAAAGUCAAAGAGCAGAUCUAAGUCCCCUCAAGUUAAUGGUAAUGGAGAAAAUAAAUCGAUAUCUCGUUCCCGUUCAAAGUCCCGCUCGAGGUCACGGGAAGCAUCUGUUCCUGUGUCACCUGUGAAAUCCAAACCAAAAUCUGAGAACUUGUCUCCAUCCAACUCUCGUAGAUCAAUGUCUAGGUCAAUGUCCAGAUCUAGGUCUGGUUCCAAGGAGUAGCAACCUACUUCACCUGACUGAAGUCUGUUGGAAGUUCUUCCUUACUGUAGCUGUACAUGUAAAUGUAACUUUGAGACUCCAAACUUUUCCAAACUGGUGUUUUUCUUUCUAGUGUAGAUUGCAGUAUAGGGAUAAUUGUAUAUAAACCAUCUGGUCACUAAAUUGUUAAGCAAUAAGUGCAAGUAUAGCAGUUGUUUCCCCCUGCCCCCCAAAUACUAAAGCUAAAGAAAACAAUGUGCUAAUUGAGGAUAGUUUUUUUUUUUUUAAUUUCCCCAUUUUAUUGCUUGAAUGCUGCACAAAGUCUUGUGCAUGAAGAGCUGCCACAGAACUCUGUGAUAGUCACACUUUAUUUUAGUGCCACAAAUCUACUUUUCAAAUUACAACCAAUGUUAUUGAACUCUCACACAAACUCAAAUGACCCAGUUAAACUCCCUGGUAUUACCUUUAUGGGGGGGGAAAAGCAAAGGAAUACUUGUAUGGAGAGGGGUUGUAAUUGUGUAAUUAUCCCUGAAAUGCCCAAUUUCAAAAUCUACAUGUUGUGUCGGUUGGUGUAUAUAUUGUGUUGCCGUACAUACUAAUGAUGCUUCCUUGUCGAGCUUACAUGCAGCUGAAUAGAGCUUUGUAGGCCAGUGACUUAAAAUACUGCACAUUUUGUAUGAUACGCAAUCAAAUAUGCAUGACCUUCCACAUAAUGAGUAAGUAAUCUGUGGUGAUCUAGGUUGAUGAUCUUUGUGCAGCCCAGCAUUUACAGAUGCAUGGAUUUUUUUACACCUGGUACAUAUUUGAAAUAUGCAUGGUUUCAAUAAAAUAUUUUAUUGCAA